AUGAUGUCGUCAUCCCUGCGCCGGCAGAUGAAGAACAUGGUGCACAACUACACGGAGGCGGAGGUCAAAGUGCGCGAGGCCACCUCCAACGACCCCUGGGGCCCGCCUGGUUCGCUGAUGUCGGAGAUCUCUGACCUGACCUUCAACGCGGUGGCCUUCCCCGAGGUCAUGGGCAUGGUCUGGAAGCGGCUCAACGACCACGGCAAGAACUGGCGGCAUGUGUACAAGGCGCUGGCGCUGCUGGACUACCUGGUGAAGACGGGCUCGGAGCGGGUGGCGCAGCAGUGCCGUGACAACAUGGCAGCCCUGCAGACGCUGCGCGACUUCCAGCACGUGGACCGGGACGGGAAGGACCAGGGCGCGGCCGUGCGGGAGAAGGCCCGGCAGCUGGUGGCGCUGCUGCGGGACGAGGAGCGGCUGCGCAGGGAGCGUGGCCAGGCGCUGAAGACCAAGGAGCGGGUGGCGGCCACCGCCACCAGGGGGCAGCACGGCUACUCCGACCUGCCGCCCCCGUACCCCGGCCGCCGCACCAGCCAGCCUGUCGCCGGCUCUCACUACCCAGGGGAGGGGCGGCCCAGGGGGUCCUCCUCCUUCAACUCCUCCUCCUCCUCUCCUCGUUUGGCCUCUGAUCUGGAGGAGGCUCGGCCGCAGUCCAGCGGGGAGGAGGAGCUGCAGCUGCAGCUGGCCCUGGCCAUGAGCCGCGAGGAGAAUGAAAAGCCACCCCCCGCUGCGGGCAUGGAUGAGAAGACCCAGCUGCAGAUCGCUCUGAGCCUGAGCAAGGAGGAGGCCCAACAGCCCAAGCCGGCCCUUCCCGUUUCCAUGGAGAUGGAUGAAGACGCCCAGCUCCAGCUGGCCUUGAGUCUCAGUAAAGAGGAGCACCAACAGGAGCAACGCAGUCGCCAGGGAGACGAGUCAAUGCUUCAGAAGGCCCUGGAGGAGAGCAGAAGAGAGAUGAAAGGAGGAGGGGAGGAGUCAGCCAUGAAGGACCUGGAGGACAUUUUCGGUCCCGGCCCAGUAGCGCCAUCCAGUGGCGAGCCGUGGGACCUGACAGCCGGUAAUCCCUGUGGCAAGCCCGCUACAAUGGCAGCUGCUGACCCCUGGGACUCCUUGGCAGGGGAUCGCUCUGUCAGUCCUGUGAUUGACAGAUCGUGGAUGACCCCGCCACCCUCCAGCAGCCUCUCCAAGCCCUGGGGGAAAAGCCCUCCCCUCCCAGACCCCUGGGAGGCCCCCGGGAGCACCCCCACCCCAAACGCUGCAGGCCGGGCCUGGAUCUCGCCCGUGCACACAGGUUCUGCUGGUGUCGACCCGUUCUCUGCUGCGGCAGAGGAGCCACUGGCACCCAGAGACGCCCCCAAACCCACAACCUCUCGCUCCGGCAGUCCUACAGAUGGGGAUCUGUUUGGGGAGCCGGUGAUGGAGGGGCAGGUGAACGGGCGUGACGAGGACAGCCCGGAACCCUUUGACCUGUCCCGUCUAAAGGAAUCCCUGCAUGACCCCGGCCCUCGAACCUGCAGGACCCCCGAGUCCUUCCUGGACCCCACCGCUGCCUCGCUGGUCAACCUGGACACCCUGAUACCCCCAAACCCCCAACCUAAAACCAAUAACCCCUUCCUGUCAGGACUGAGUGCUCCCUCUCCCACCAACCCCUUCCAGAGUGAUCAGCCUCGUCUCACCCUAAACCAGAUGCGACCAAGCUCCACCUCUCCCGUGCCUGGCUCCGCCUCUCCCAUCCCCAGCUCCGCCUCCCUCCCCCUGCCCCUGAGCCACCAGCCCGCUGUCCUGCCCACCUCCUAUACCCAGCCCCCCCCUUACCCCACCUCCCAGGGGCUGCUGGACAUGCCCCCAAACCUGCCCCAGCCCCUGCUACCCCUCUCCUCAGCGCCCCUCCCUGGACACCUGGGUGACCAGCAGAAUCAGAACCCCUUUUUGUGAGUCCUGCACGAGCCUGGAAGAGACCCAAACUCGAGCUGGAACGCGCAGCGGGGUCACGGCCUCCGCAGACGUCAGGGCCGGCCACAAGCUGGACCCGCGCCGCCCCGCCCGUCCCGAACUGCAACUGAACAUUUUUAAAACUGUGGUUUAAUAUCUGCAGGUAUGGCUCAGCACUGCACCAGGCUCAGGGGAGUCACACGCUCUGAAACCACUGUGCUCUGUACUGCUCACCUACAGCUGUGAAGCCUGCUGCUGCUAAUAGCGUACUGUAUGUGUGUGUGUGUGUGUGAGAGAGAGUGUGUGCCUCACAGGUAACAACACACACACA